AAUUAUGUUUUUUUCUAUUUUAGGGCACUGCAUGGAAAACACCCGCCUAAGAUCCAGGUAGCAAGCAAGUACGAGAGACGUAUUGACAGACGAACGUACGGCGACAAGAGGGAGCUGUUUGAUGGGGGGUUGGAAAACUCUUACGAAGCCGAACUUGAGAGACAGUGGGAGGAUAAAAUGGCCACAUUUAAGGAUAGAGGACCACCUAAACUUCCCAAGUGGGACCCUUCCACUCCUAGGAACAAGGAGGUCGGUGCUCGUCGUCAUGAAGAGGAAGAAGAUGAGGAUAUUGAAUUACACAUGCCUUCCAUACCUGAGCCGACACAUGCUAAGCCUGCUGACGAUGAAGAAGAGGAAGAAGAAGAAGAAGAAGAUGAAGAUGAAGAAGAGGAGGAGGAAUAGUGUACAACGUUUAAUGAAGAAAAUGUUCAUGGUUGUUCCAGAUACUAUGUUAUACUAGUGGAAAAUGUGAAGAACCACAGACACUAUUUCUUCUCACUGAUCAUAUUGCCUUCUUCUAUGAGUUUCAUCUAUAGUUUAGUCCUAGAUGCCUAAACCUCCCACUGCGUGUUCGUUUUCCAUUAGUUUUCUUAAAAUUGCUUUACUAUUGAAAUCAUAAUAUUUCAAUCAAUAUAAACAAUUUAGAAAUUAUCACUAAUUGCAUUUGUUACUUAAACAGGCAUAUUAUAAACUACACAGUCUGUGAAUAAACAGUUAACGUGACUCAACCCGAAUUGGUUGGUGUUUUUUCAUGUGUACUUCCAUUAUAAGGAUGUCCCAGUUCUUCAGCUAUGUUCAGAAAAUUAACAGAAACAUUAAAGCUUUCUCGCGUUAAAAUUAAAUCAAUAAACACGAUUUCUCAGUGGUGUCCAAGUACUUGGUUCAAAAUAUUUCAUUAUGUCUACAGAACUACAGCCACGAUAUGAAAAAACUCUAUGGAUUACGAUCUUUCAAUGUUUAACACAUCGAAAACAAACCUUUCAAAAUAGCCAGGGUCAUUUCAGAAAGAUAGAAAAUAUGGGCCUUUAUCAUUUGGAAGUAAGACUAAUUUGUAAUUUGCCAACGUUUUUGAAACUGCAAUUAAAUCAAGAGGUCCAUCAGUUUUCAAAAUGGGAUUUAUGCAUUAACAAAUAUUAUAUGCACUAACACUUUUUAUUUUUCUUCUUCUGUAUGGCCUGGCUUAGAAAUAAAAUGAUAUUUUGUUUUUAUAGGCACAGCUG